AUGCUUGGAUACGAGUGUCUAGACUCCAACAGUCCCCGCUCCUUCCUCUUCUCCGUCGUCGCUAAUGUCGGCCCCCGUGGCGCCAGCCGCUCCUGGCCGUGGCUUACCGCCAGGCAUGUCGUGGCAGACACCCUCGCGCUGAUCGAAAUCCUCUCGGAUCCCGCAAACCGCGCGCCGCUUGAGGCGGAGAGGGCGCUCGCGGAGGGCUGGUAUCGUCGGUCUCACGGGGGCAACGAGGCCGAGAGUAGUGAGCGGCCUAGCAUUCCAGACACGCCGCAGCCCCCUUUCGUCGUGCCUGAUGGCUCCCAGCGGUGGGAGCAGCCGCAAAUACUGCCCGAGCUGCCGUGGCAUGAUGACGCGCUCAGCGAGUUCCCCUUUACAACGACGUGCCUUUUGCUGGGAUUGUUGCGCGACGAUGGCGAUGGCGAUGCUAAUGCCACUAUUAGCAAUAGUAGGCGCCCUGGCGACGUCCAGCUCCAGCCGCUAUCCACUGUGUUCCGUGGCGACUGCGCCGAGUAUGGCCUUGUCGUUCUCGAUAUCUCCGACCUCGACAGCGGCGUCAAGUACGGCAUCGUUGGCUUCCCCGUGCGCUAUAUGGCCGAAGUUUCCUACUACAGCAAGGAGGGUGGCUGGGAUCCCGUUGAAGACCCCCGCCUAAGAAGGAGCCUGACAUUGUACUCAUCAGCCCGCGGCCUCGAGUGCCGUUGUCUAUUCUUCGGUGGCUACGCAAACUUCUGGCCUUCAAAGUCCACUACCCGGGCCAAAAGUGCAUCGACCUCAUCACCCUGGCGCUUGACCACGUCCGACGAGCCGCCGCGAGAUGCGCACAUGGACCGCGCCAAAGAUGCAUCGUCCACAACAGCCUCGCGCUUGACCACGUCACACGAGCCGCCGCGAAAUGCGCACAUGGACCGCGCCAUCGAUAAUCUGCUGAUUCUCACACAGGAGCUCGCCGACCUCCACCUCGACGAAAAGACAAUCGGCAAAUUCCAAAAGCUCGCCGAGUUCCGCGAGCAUCUGCGGCGGCGGCUCGAAGAGGUGCCCGACAGCCUGGGCCCAUCCUCCGAGGCCUCGGGCCAUAUUCUGCGCGUUGCGUACGCUGGACGCACGCACCUCAACUGGGUCGCGUUUAGGAACCUCGCGCCAGGCCUGAUCGCUGCCGCCGUUGCAUCCGACGAGCUUCGGGGGGCGUCUGCGCUCAGCCUCUGCGUCGAUAAGUUCAAGCUGGAGGGAGACGAGGGAUACCUCGGUGAUCUAGCAGCGGCUCUGGCGCAGUCCACCCUCAAACAGCUCUGUUUCUUGCAGGGACCGGAUAGGGAUAGCGACGACGCCUCCGCUCGUUUCUGCACGCAGCUGCUGCUGCAGAGGAGGUCAUCAGGGGACUUAGGGUGGCUCCGCGACAAAACCAUCUAUCCGACUUACGCCUUUUCGAGAUCCUUGCGCAGCCGCAAAUUCAAAUCGCCCUCGACAUGA